CAAUAUUCUCAUUACAUUUUUCAUGUGUUAGGUAAUUACGAAUGCAUAAUAUAUAUUAGUGAGAAUUGACAUGUUGUGUGGCGAAAUAUUAUGAGUGAUAUUUUAAAUCGGUUUGAAAAAAUACAGGACAUUGGUGUCUUUUGAGCUCGAGAGCUUACUUGGCAAUAAAGAUAAUUAUACUUACGAAGGGUUGGAGUCAAUUCAGAUUGACUAACUUUCUUCUAUCAUGAAAAAGAUACCUAUUGAUAUUCAUAGAAAGUUUUUGAACAUUAAUGUGACAGUAUUGAGAUAUAGUGGUGUUUGGCCACUUUUGCCAUCAGCCAAAGCAGGUUGGAAAGUGCUGAAUUCUAUUUUCAGAAUCGUAAAUUUCGUAUUUUUCAUAACAUUUUUAAUGGCUGUGGCUGCUGAUGUGGCGGAAAAUUUCGACAGCUUAGAAAUAGUUGGGAACGAUGGAUGCUUUUUUAUCGGAACUACUAUGGCUGUUAUGAAAGCAUGUAAAUUUUGGAAUUCAUACAACAAAAUAAUUAAGCUGAUCCACGAAGUUUAUGACCCGAUAGACACACUCAUACGGAGCUCUGAUCGCGGGAUACUUAUUAAUAUAAAGAGAAGCCAUUUUGAAGAGUCUAUAGCUCACUAUGGAUUUUGUGUUCUAUGUACAUUAUUUGCUUUUUGCAUUUUAUUUUUGAUUCCCCGUGAAAAAGGAUCGUUACCAUUUCGAACAGUUUAUCCAUUCGAUGUUACCAAAUCACCAUACUAUGAGCUGAUAAUGGUUUAUCAAUAUUAUUGCUUAGUCUACCUUUUGGCCGUCGUUCUUGCGAUGGAUAUAACUACCAUAGGAUUUAUAAGAUGGUCGUCAACUCAACUGAUCACUUUGACAUCAAAUUUCAAAAACUGCAACAUUAAAUUAUAUAAAUGUACAGAGAUAAUAAAAGACCCAGCUGAUACGAUGAAAACUUUUGAUCAAAUUGACAAACUCGAAUUUACUCAUGACGAUUGGAAAGUGAGGGAAUUUUUAUUUUUUAAUUUGGAUGAAAGAGACUUUGAGGACUCGUUUUCAGAGAGAUUCAAAAUUUGCAUUAAAAACCAUCAAAGACUUAUCAAAACGAUCUCCGAUCUCAAUGGAACUUUGAGUUUUUUGAUGCUGAUACAGUUUGGAACAAGCACUUUUAUUAUUUGUCUGAAUGGCUACCAAAUGAUUUUAAAAGGAGGAAAUCCAGCAGAUCUUGCUAAAUUUUUAUCAUACUUAGUAUUAAGUUUUGCCGAAUUGUUUUUUUGGUGUUGGUACGGAAAUGAAUUCACCUCUGUCGCGGACACUCUUACCUACAAUCAAUGGAUGUCUGGUUGGGAAGAAUUUGCUCGAGAGCACGACCUCGGGGACAGAAAUGAGCUAACUAAUUUAGUGACUCUUUCGAUGAUUCCAACUAUGGAACCGCUUGAGUUCAAAGCAGUUGGUCUCUUUAACCUAUCAAUGCCUACAUUUUUAUCGGUUGUGAAGAGCUCAUACUCGAUCCUAGUUCUUUUGACCCAAAACAUAAGAAACAUAUCACGCAAGGGUGCACAAGACAAUCGUUCACCCCCGUGCUUUUUUUGCACCUUUUUCAUCGCCACUCUCAAUGUCGAUAGAGUUACCGGAAUUUGGCCGCUUGAUACAAACGUGCCGACAGUUUUCCGUCUGCUUCAUCAUAUCUUCCGUUUGGUUAAUUUGACACUUUUCUUGUCUUUGCUCACAAGCUCUUUGGCAGAUUCUGCAAAUAAUAUCAGAGACCUGACGGCGUUCACGGAAAAUUUGUGUUUUUUCUUCGGUACCGGUAUGACAUUGGUGAAAGCCUUGAUUUUUUGUGCUCGCCGAAAAACAAUACUUAAAUUUAUCGAGGAAAUUUAUGGACCCAUUGAUUUACUACAUCAAUCAACUGACUCACAAGUACUGAUGACAAUAAACGUGACAGCGCACCAGGAAUUAAAAGAAUUUUAUUUUCUCUGCGUGUUGGUGUCAUCGAUGGGUCUAGCGCGAAUAUCAUCUGGCCGAAAAACAGAAAAUGGGCUGCCAUUACCGACGUACUACCCUUUCGACACGAGCAAACCACCCAUUUAUCAGAUUAUUUACCUAUGCGAAUCAUUUUGCAUUACAUUCAAUCUGAUGGUUGUGAUGAUAACCGAUUUCACGGUGAUUUGUUUCAUAAAAUGGUUGACAGUUUCACUGAAAAUCAUAAGCUCGAACUAUAAAAAUUGCGACAGCAAUUCAGUAAAACGGUCUAUAUUUACUGCAACUUCUUAUCCGAAAAUAAUCAAGGCUUCUCAAAAGAUUGAUAUCGACAUCGAGCAGAUUGAUAUACAAUCUUUCGUGUCAUACGAGCAAGUCCAUGAUUAUGACGUCAAUAACAAUAGCACUGACUGUUUCGAGGAAAGACUGAAACUGUGCAUAAGACAGCAUCAGAAAAUAAUAGCAAUUGUUGAUGAUCUCAACAUCAUUUUCGGUCGCUACAUGUUUUUGCAGGUCGCUACUAGUACGGGGCUUAUUUGUUUAAAUGGCUUUCAAGUUAUUGUUUGCAAAGAUAGUUCAACAGUUGUGAGAUUUCUAAUAAGUCUGAUCGCAUCUUUUGUUCAACUCUUGUUUUGGUGCUGGUAUGGAAAUAAAUUUGUUUCUAUGGCCGAUACAUUAAUAACAAGUCAAUGGAUGUCUGGAUGGGAGAAUUCAUUUAGUCGAAGCAUAAAAAACCUUUUGGUGAUAUCAAUGAUCCAGUCUUUACGCCCGCUUGAAUUUCACGCACUUGGACUCAUCAGAUUCACUAUACCAACCUUUGUUGACAUUGUCAGAAAGUCGUACUCAGUGUUCAUACUUUUGAAGCGUACCAUUUCUGAUUGAGUGUUCUUAGAUGUCUGCUUUUAAAUUACUGAAUAAAAGUUUUAAUAUUUAAUAGCUCUAUUAAUCAACUAAUAAUCUCGUAAAAAUGUAUAUUAUAACUAUCAAUAUUUUUAUCAGGUAUAUUUUUUCAAUGUUAUUAUCUCAAUAUGCACAAUGAAAUAGUCGUUUGAAUAUUUAGCGGUAGUACUAUCCAACUUGAUAUAUAAGUGCCAAAAAAUACCUAGACGAAGAAAAUGAAACAUCAUUGAUUAAUGACAGUUCUCAGUCCUGUGCAAACUAUUUUCCAAAACGCCUAACCUUUAUUGUCAUAUGGAUACAUUACUGACUACAGUUCAAAAUACUAACCAAUGAUGUUUUAUUUAUUCUAUGAGAUGGAAGUAAUAGUGAUAAAGAAGACAUUACUGAUUCGUUUUAUUAACAAUUCAAGUUAUGCAUAAGGCAGCAUCAAAAUUUGGUCUGAUUUGUUGAUCAUCUCAAUAUACGUCACAAAUAUAAAAUAAAUACGUCAUCUUUAUGUAG